AUCCCAAUCCUUAUCCUCAUCGUUGUCAACAUCGAAUCGACUGGUGGUCGUAUUUGUAUCAAAUGUUGUUUUGAAUGGUUAUUUCUAACAAAUAUUUAUUUCUUUCAUCACUGAUAAUAGUGCCAAUAAAAAGUUACUAGAAAAUGUAAGCUGUAACUUGUAAGAUUACUUUCAGAAAUGAUAAAGCACUAUCUUAAAUUUCGUAACAUAAUCUCUGCCUUAUGUUUAGCGGCCCUAUUAAUAUUAAUAUCUCUUAUUAUAAGUAGAAGAAAUUCCGAAAUAAUCAAUGGACAAAGAGCAUUUCAACAGGAACGUGUUGUGUACAGAGAUUUUAGUGAGAAACCAAAGAUGGAAUCAAAUAAACCAAAUGAUGAGAAAAUGAAUCAGGAACUUGUGGAGGCGAAGUCUCGCAUAGAACAUUUAGAGAAAAAAAUUGCUAUACUGGAAGGAAGAAUACCACAGAAAUAUCCUGAUGUAAAAUAUUUAGGAUACAAAGAAAGGAAGAGGAUAUUGGUAACAGGGGGUGCUGGGUUUGUUGGGUCCCACCUUGUUGACGUUCUAAUGAUGCACGGCCAUGAAGUAAUUGUUGUUGACAACUUUUUUACGGGCCGCAAACGAAAUGUGGAGCAUUGGUUUGGUCAUCGCAACUUUGAGAUGAUACACCAUGACAUUGUAAAUCCCCUCUAUGUUGAGGCAGAUGAAAUAUACCACCUAGCUAGUCCCGCCAGCCCUCCUCAUUAUAUGCAGAAUCCUGUCAAGACUAUUAAAACGAAUACUUUAGGCACUAUCAAUAUGUUAGGUCUCGCUAGGCGAGUAGGAGCAAAAAUUCUGAUAGCUAGUACAUCUGAAGUGUAUGGGGAUCCCAUGGUGCACCCACAACCUGAGUCAUAUUGGGGACAUGUUAAUCCUAUAGGGCCUCGCGCAUGCUACGACGAAGGCAAGCGCGUGGCGGAGACCCUGGCGUACUCGUACGCGAAGCAGGAGAACGUGUCCGUGCGCGUGGCCCGCAUCUUCAACACGUACGGGCCGCGCAUGCACGUGGCCGACGGUCGCGUCGUCUCCAACUUUAUAAUGCAGGCCCUGCAGAAUAUGACCAUUACGGUGUAUGGCAACGGGAAGCAGACCCGGUCUUUCUGCUACGUGUCAGACCUGGUGGACGGCCUGCUGUCGCUGAUGGACUCCAGUUACACCCUGCCAGUCAACAUCGGCAACCCUAGUGAGCACACUAUAGAAGAGUUCGCGAUGAUAAUAAAGAAGCUGGUGCCGGGCUGCCGCAGCACGGUGUCGACGCGCGCGGCGCUGGAGGACGACCCGCAGCGCCGCCGCCCCGACAUCGCCGUCGCCGAGGCGCAGCUCAACUGGGCGCCCAAGGUGUCUUUACAAGAUGGACUUCAAAGGACGAUAGACUAUUUCAAAGAGGAAUUAUCGAGAAAGACGUUCUACAAUAACCAAACUUACAUGGAUGCUAAUGUGGAGAACCCUCAUUAGGACUGUUAAAUGCUUAUUUAAAUUGUGAUAUCUAGGUUUGAGUCAGACGCAUAACGUGCACUUCUCAAAAUGUGAACGACUUUAAAAAGGAGCUACAUGUUUUUUACACGUCCAGAAUCAUGAAGCUAUAGAUAAUACUGAAGCCCGCUCUAUUGCUAUCCCUUUCAUCCGUGAACCGACAUCUCCUGUGCAUACAUAAAAGUUCGGACAACACAUGUAAGAGAUAGCAACAUAUAUAUACCAUACAUCAAAAAGUUAUUAGCAGUGCGGGCUCCAGUAUUAAAGUUCAAUCAAAUUUUGAGAAGUGUACAAUUGGAUGCUCAUUGUUCAUGUUACGUUGUGCACAUUAUGCGUCUAAACUCUUAGGGUUUUGCCAAUUUAUAGAAAACUACCUUAGGGUAAUUCAUAUACUUAUGAUCUUUACUGGUUUUUUACAAGCUUUUAUUUACCUUGCAAUAUAUUGUUAUGUAUGUAACUAUGUUUGUUUGGGUGAAAUCUUGCAACUAAAUUUUAAAGCAGAUCUUCAGAUCUUCAAUAGAUUGAGCUGAAAUUUUGUACACACGUUUAGUUUUGGUGACAAGGCAUUAUUAUGUAUGACCUAAUUGCCUACACAGUAUCGACUACCGAUCAGGGAACUCGUCAACGUUUUACUGCAGGACAUUAAUUUUUUGUUACGUGUUGAAUGAUGACGAUAAGAAAAGCUUGUGUCAAAAGUUAAAAUUUAUGAGUUAUUUAUUAUUACAACCAUAAAAUUCACCAUAUCUGACAGUUACCUCUUAGUGCUUUCCACUAUUGUGUAUAUUCAGUAAUAUGAUUCCUAUACUGGAGAUCUUUGACCGUUUCGGUCACUUUCGAAAUUAUACCAUACCAAUUUUUUUUAAUUUGAUGUAUGAAUUGUUUACAUUCCUGUCUAUUUGUUAUUCGUGUCUUUUGCAAAUAUUUUAUUUCUAAAAGCCAGACUUGGCGUUUUUAUUUUAUUUGUCUUCUCUUCUGCAAUAAUUUUAUAUGGUAGUAUGUAAACUCAUGGAAUUAGUACUUACUAGUAGCGGCUAAUUCCAUGUGUAAAGUUUAAUUUUAGGGAAGACACGUAUCGAAUUCUCUAUAGCCCUCUAGUCGAUGGAAAUUGUGACUAUGGUUACGCUAUGUCAGUCUUUAUUGUUCGAAUAACUAGGCAAGACGUAAAUCUUGCAAGUUUAUACAUAGGUAAUAAGUAAAUAAAUACCUACACGAAAAGGAACCAACAUAUAUUUUCUAAUUGUUAACUAUAGCUCUUUUUAUCAGUCCAUUUUCUAAAGUGGCCGAAGCACCCAUGACUCAUCCAUCUAACAAAUUUGCUUUGUAAUGUUAUACUUACCAUUUCUUAUUUAAAUCUAAGAUUGUUACCUACUACAAUAAGUUAACGUUCGCACGGACGUGAAUUUCGCGUCGGGUUAGAAUUCCGUUUUGGAGAUUUUCAGUAGAUUCAUUAUGUUUAUUUGUUAUCUUUUAUGUAUGAGCGUGUAGUUAAAUUUCCCAUAUCAAAAUUCAAAUGCGACACAAAAAAUACGGCCGUCCGAACGACCACUAAAUAUUUUUAAUAAUGUUGCUUUUGUAAAAAAAUGUAGCUACUCUUUAUAUAUGUAUAUAUUUUUUGUUACUGUGUAAACUAUGACUUUCUUUUCGCAUGAAAUUAUAUCUUAAUGCGUUCAAAUGGUUAAAUAAAAAUUCUGAUUUUAUUA